AUCUAGUGCUGGGAGGGGACUGAAAAUUCAAGUUUAAACAGUUUAAACAUGCACAGAGCCAAAAACAUGCACACCGAAGGUCUGGCAAACUGCAUUCCAAAACACUCAUUCCUCAUCGACAGUCACAAAAAAGGAGGGGGAUUUUGUAGUAACCGUGAGUGCAACUACCAAUGACUGAUUACCAAGAACCUGUGUUACAUUAACGGCACACACCUAGAGAAAGAGGUGAUUGUAGCGAUUGGGGCUGUUUCUCUAUUGCUUUUGCAUAGAUAUUGGAAUGAAGGAAGAGUGAGGAACAUUUAUUCUUGUUGUGUGAUUAUAUCUCAUUCCAGUCAAUCUAGUUGUUCUUUUCUUUGGAGCUCAUCAGGAUCAUUGGAACAUUUCUUGCUUUGAAAGUUGAUAUGUAGGUAAGGCGAAGGAAGACAAGGGUGUGGCUGACAGACAGACAGUAAAGUUUUCAGUGGAGAGAGGCACAAGAGUAGGAAAAGAUAAGACUUGUUAGAUAAGCACUUUUAGGCUGGAAGUGUCGGGAAGUGUAUCUGCUUUUACUUGGAGCCAAAUCUGGAUCACAUCUCUCAAGACAGUAAAGAGGUAAAGGGAAAAUAGCAUCCAUAAUAGCCUGGUCAGAUUUCUGUUGCUGUGACCUUAUCUUCCCCUAAUAGUGGGAAUCAUGGCAAGCUAUCUAUACUACCUGCUCCCAGCAGUAGGGGGCUAUGCUCUCACGUCACUGUACUUUCUGAAGAACCCUCAUAUUCUACACAAGAAGAAGCAGACAGCCUUCCAUUGCACACAUAUCUCUCACAGAGGAGGCUGUGGUGAAAGGAUUGAGAACACUAUGGAGGCCUUUACACAUGCUGUGGAGGUGGGCACAGAGAUGCUGGAGCUGGACUGUCACUUAACUAAAGAUGGUCAUGUGAUUGUGUCACAUGAUGAGAACCUCCUGCGGCAGACUGGGCAUGAUGUCACCGUCUCCUCCUUAAACCUAGAGGAGUUGCCACCUUAUAAAGAGACACUCGAGGUUACCUUCAAGACAGGCCACUACAGCACUGGGACAGACAAAAAAGUUGCUUUGUUAGAGGAUGUGUUCCGCAAAUUUCCUCACAUGGCUGUGAACAUUGAAGUGAAAGAGAACAACAGUGCACUGAUUGAGAAGAUUUCUGACCUUGUGAAGAAAUACAACAGAGAGGGCAUCUCAGUUUGGGCCUCUGUGGAAUCCUCCACCAUGGCUAGUUGCCUCAAAAUGAACUCCUCCAUGCCCUAUAUGUUCACAGUGAAGCGCGGAUUACUGCUACUCCUGCUGUACUACACUGGCAUUCUGCCAUUUGUACCACUAGGUGAAAGUUUCCUGCAGUUCUAUCUACCACAGAUAUUCAACAGAGCAUACAUACCAGACUCAUGGAUUCUGAGAAACAGUUUGGCUAUCUAUUUGAUUGAAAGAUUGACUUUGAGAAAAGGGAUGUUCAAGCACCUUAAAGACAGAGGAAUUCAGAUUCACCUCUUUGUGUGUAACGAGGAAGAGGAUAUUGAGGGUGCAUUUGCCGCUGGUGCAACAGGAGUCAUGUCCGACUAUCCCACAAUGUUAUCAAACUAUAUUCAAAGGCACAAACAAGCCAUGUGAUUAAGAACAAAUGCACAGAGUGUACCUCAAACACUAUAUGUCGCUUCUUGCCAACAAUACCACUAUUUGCUUGUAAACCUUGGCAAUGAACCAAGCAUACUGUAGUCUGGAUCUUGGUACUGCAUGCCUCAUUUAAAGAAAUAAAUGGAACUCAUAUAU